AUUUUCGGAUCUGUUAUUAAUAGACAUGAAAAUGAAAACCUUUAGCAAAGCCAUGAGAAGUCUCAUGAAAUCUAUGUGAAAACAUAUGUAAACUGAUAUGAGAUAUUUAAAUUUGCUCUCUGUUUCUCUUACUGGCAUAACCACUCCUCACACCUGGUGUCUGAGAUGCACCGUUGCUCCGUGUAUUGUUUCACUUCUGUGUUUUGGCCCUUUUUGGGACCUGUGUGUUACUCAGUGCUUCCGCUUGCUGCUAACCCUGAUCACUCUGCCCUGUCAUGCCGCAACAUCUGUGCAACAGACUUCCAGCCCCAUCUCCACCUGACUUUAAGACACCAGUCACUAUAAAAGUAUGACUCUGCCAUCUAGCUUAAAUACUAAAAUAUUGCACAUAGAACUGAAAAUAUGCAGGUGGUUAAUUGACCACAAUCUGAAGGUAUGUAUAACUGAAGAAACCAAAUUCAGCUCAUAAUUUAAUAUGUUUACAUCUAACAUUUAGAACGAGACAAGUAAAUCUCUGCUCUAUCUCAGGACGGCGAGUUAACUCUCCAAAAAUCACACUGCACCAUGUCUGGCAAGGUGAAUGGGGGGCCUCACCAGUCAGACUCAUCUGCACCCUAAGUGACUUCUUUCCAGACAAACUGAAUGUGGAGUGGCAACGGGACAACCAACCUCUAAAAACUGCAACAACUGAAAGGAAACUGCAGAGUAUGGAGACAAAGAACAAAACCUUCAGUCUAAGCAGUGAGAUUGAGCCAAAUAUGGCAGAGUGGGAAACCGGCUCAAAUUUCACAUGCAAGGCCACUCACAAUGAUACUGAAUUUCAAGAGACAAUAAAUAUUUGUAAAAUCCAAGCAAACAGCUCUCCGUCAAUUCAUGUGGAGAUUCCCAGCUUCAAGACUGUCAUGAUGGCAACAUCACCAGUGAAAGCAACAUGUUCUGUCCACACUGUUUUUAAGGCAGAGGUGACCUGGCAGAUGGAUGGAAACGUUGUAGAAAGUAGCAAAGUGGAAGAGGCUGCAAAUAAAACUCAUAUAAUCAGUCAUGUGACCUUUCCCUUAAGUGAGUGGAAACAACUGAAUCGUUUGACAUGUAAAGCUGAACAUAGGUGUUUCUCAUCCACUGAGAGGACUGUGAAUGUUUCAGAUCCAGUGUCUGCAGUUACAGCUCCAUCAGUGGAGAUCAGGAGAUCUCUCCCAGAUUUGCUGAAGGGUGCAAGUGCUGUGUUUGAGUGUGACAUCAAAAAUGUCUCCUCCACUGACCUCUACGUCUCCUUUAAGGCCAACAAUACUGAUAUCUCUGAAAAACAGUUUGUUGAGCUUCCUGAAGCCACAGGCCUCCAUUCUAUCACUAGACAUUUCUCUGUCCCUGAAAAUCACUGGAAGAAAGACACAUCUUUCACCUGCAAAGUCCAUCAAGGCUUUUCCAAAAGCUUCACAUCAAAUCCAAUUGGCAAUAUUUUUGUGGACCCAUCUGUGGAACUUCUUCUGGUCCCCAGUCAAGAGUCAGGACCACAGAGACUCUUAUGCUCAGGAUGGGGCUUCAACCCUCAAAUUAAAUGGGUUCCUGAGUCUCAGCAAAUAACUUCUUUGAACAAUGAGCUCACCAUGGGAGCAGAUGGACAUGUGGCAGUAACCAGUCAACUUCAUAUCCCUCAAACAGAGUGGAAAACAGGGAAGGUCUUUACAUGUCAAGUGUCUGACAGGUCUCUGAAUAAAGAUGUCAGCAAGGAAAUCAGCAUCUGUUCAGUUUACUCAAGCGACCCCCCUUCAAUUCAUGUGGAGAUUCCCAGCUUCAAGACUGUCAUGAUGGCAACAUCACCAGUGAAAGCAACAUGUUCUGUCCACACUGUUUUUAAGGCAGAGGUGACCUGGCUGAUGGAUGGAAAAGUUGUAGCAAGCAGCACAGUGGAGGAUGCUGCAAACAAAACUCAUAUAAACAGUCAUGUGACCUUUCCCUUAAGUGAGUGGACACAACUGAAAAGUUUGACAUGUAAAGUUGAACAUAGAUGUUUCUCAUCCACUGAGAGGACUGUGAAUGUUUCAGAUCCAGUGUCUGCAGUUACAGCUCCAUCAGUGGAGAUCAGGAGAUCUCUCCCAGAUUUGCUGAAGGGUGCAAGUGCUGUGUUUGAGUGUGACAUCAAAAAUGUCUCCUCCACUGACCUCUACGUCACCUUUAAGGCCAACAAUACUGAUAUCUCUGAAAAACAGUUUGUUGAGCUUCCUGAAGCCACAGGCCUCCAUUCUAUCACUAGACAUUUCUCUGUCCCUGAAAUUCACUGGAAGAAAGACACAACUUUCACCUGCAAAGUCCAUCAAGGCUUUUCCAAAAGCUUCACAUCAAAUCCAAUUGGCAAUAUUUUUGUGGACCCAUCUGUGGAACUUCUUCUGGUCCCCAGUCAAGAGUCAGGACCACAGAGACUCUUAUGCUCAGGAUGGGGCUUCAACCCUCAAAUUAAAUGGGUUCCUGAGUCUCAGCAAAUAACUUCUUUGAACAAUGAGCUCACCAUGGGAGCAGAUGGACAUGUGGCAGUAACCAGUCAACUUCAUAUCCCUCAAACAGAGUGGAAAACAGGGAAGGUCUUUACAUGUCAAGUGUCUGACAGGUCUCUGAAUAAAGAUGUCAGCAAGGAAAUCAGCAUCUGUUCAGAUUACUCAAGCGACCCCCCUUCAAUUCAUGUGGAGAUUCCCAGCUUCAAGACUGUCAUGAUGGCAACAUCACCAGUGAAAGCAACAUGUUCUGUCCACACUGUUUUUAAGGCAGAGGUGACCUGGCUGAUGGAUGGAAAAGUUGUAGCAAGCAGCACAGUGGAGGAUGCUGCAAACAAAACUCAUAUAAACAGUCAUGUGACCUUUCCCUUAAGUGAGUGGACACAACUGAAAAGUUUGACAUGUAAAGUUGAACAUAGAUGUUUCUCAUCCACUGAGAGGACUGUGAAUGUUUCAGUGUCUGCAGUUACAGCUCCAUCAGUGGAGAUCAGGAGAUCUCUCCCAGAUUUGCUGAAGGGUGCAAGUGCUGUGUUUGAGUGUGACAUCAAAAAUGUCUCCUCCACUGACCUCUACGUCACAUUUAAGGCCAACAAUACUGAUAUCUCUGAAAAACAGUUUGUUGAGCUUCCUGAAGCCACAGGCCUCCAUUCUAUCACUAGACAUUUCUCUGUCCCUGAAAUUCACUGGAAGAAAGACACAACUUUCACCUGCCAAGUCCAUCAAGGCUUUUCCAAAAGCUUCACAUCAAAUCCAAUUGGCAAUAUUUUUGUGGAUCCAUCUGUGGAACUUCUUCUGGUCCCCAGUCAAGAGUCAGGACCACAGACACUCUUAUGCUCAGGAUGGGGCUUCAACCCUCAAAUUAAAUGGGUUCCUGAGUCUCAGCAAAUAACUUCUUUGAAGAAUGACCUCACCAUGGGAGCAGAUGGACAUGUGGCAGUAACCAGUCAACUUCAUAUCCCUCAAACAGAGUGGAAAACAGGGAAAGUCUUUACAUGUCAAGUGUCUGACAGGUCUCUGAAUAAAGAUGUCAGCAAGGAAAUCAGCAUCUGUUCAGAUUACUCAAGCGACCCCCCUUCAAUUCAUGUGGAGAUUCCCAGCUUCAAGACUGUCAUGAUGGCAACAUCACCAGUGAAAGCAACAUGUUCUGUCCACACUGUUUUUAAGGCAGAGGUGACCUGGCUGAUGGAUGGAAAAGUUGUAGCAAGCAGCACAGUGGAGGAUGCUGCAAACAAAACUCAUAUAAACAGUCAUGUGACCUUUCCCUUAAGUGAGUGGACACAACUGAAAAGUUUGACAUGUAAAGUUGAACAUAGAUGUUUCUCAUCCACUGAGAGGACUGUGAAUGUUUCAGUGUCUGCAGUUACAGCUCCAUCAGUGGAGAUCAGGAGGUCUCUCCCAGAUUUGCUGAAGGGUGCAAGUGCUGUGUUUGAGUGUGACAUCAAAAAUGUCUCCUCCACUGACCUCUACGUCACAUUUAAGGCCAACAAUACUGAUAUCUCUGAAAAACAGUUUGUUGAGCUUCCUGAAGCCACAGGCCUCCAUUCUAUCACUAGACAUUUCUCUGUCCCUGAAAUUCACUGGAAGAAAGACACAACUUUCACCUGCCAAGUCCAUCAAGGCUUUUCCAAAAGCUUCACAUCAAAUCCAAUUGGCAAUAUUUUUGUGGAUCCAUCUGUGGAACUUCUUCUGGUCCCCAGUCAAGAGUCAGGACCACAGACACUCUUAUGCUCAGGAUGGGGCUUCAACCCUCAAAUUAAAUGGCUUCCUGAGUCUCAGCAAAGAACUUCUUUGAACAAUGAGCUCACCAUGGGAGCAGAUGGACAUGUGGCAGUAACCAGUCAACUUCAUAUCCCUCAAACAGAGUGGAAAACAGGGAAGGUCUUUACAUGUCAAGUGUCUGACAGGUCUCUGAAUAAAAAUGUCAGCAAGAAAAUCAGCAUCUGUUCAGUAAUUCCAGCAUCAUCUCAGAUAGUUGGUGUAUACAUUCAAGGACCACCGCUCCAGCAGUUUCACAACAAGGAACAGGUGACUAUCACCUGCCUUCUGGUUGGCCCUCGUCUUAAUGAUUUCUCCAUUACCUGGAAGGUUGAUGGGGACAAAUAUUCUCUGAAUGUCCACACGGAGCCAGCAGUGAGUCACAGCAAUGGGACAGAGACUUUGCGGAGUUUCCUCAAUGUGUCAGCAGAGGACUGGCACGCAUAUAAACAAGUGUCUUGUGAAGGAAAGCACCAAUGCUCCAGUCAGAGCUACAAGGACCAUAUACGCAAAAGCAGAGACCUCUAUAGACCAACAGUGAAGAUAAUACAACCAACUGCCUCUGAGCUGUCUACAUCAGACACCCUCACACUUACUUGCCUAGUUUCUGGAUACUUCCCACCCAAUGUCAUAGUGUACUGGGAGGAGAAUGGCCUGACACUCCCAUCAUCUCGCUACACCAACGGUGCUGAAUGGAAAUACUCAGGGAGCAUCGCUUAUUCAAUGACCAGCAGACUAAACGUAUCCAAAACUGAAGACAAGAGCUCUACAUAUUCUUGUGCUGUCAGACAUGAGUCAUCUGAAACUCCUUUUGAAAGCACUAUAAAGAAUGUGUUCGCCACAGUGACCCACAGCAAACCUUCAGCCACCUUGCUCCAGGGAACAAAUGAACUUGUGUGCCUGGUGAUUGGCUUCAGCCCUGCAUCCAUUAACAUCACUUGGUCUCUUGAUGAAUCCAUGGAACUGCUGCACUACAACACUAGUGAGCCCCAAAGAGGCCAGAACGGAAAGUUCAGUAUCGAAAGCCGCCUUCAUCUUUCUCAAAUCACCUGGUUACCUGGGGGAGUCAUCACCUGCAGGGUGACACAUGCAAACACCACCUUAUCCCUGAAUGUAACAAAACCAGACACCUUGGAGCGCUGUAAUUUCUUCGAUGAUAUCAUGCAUGCUGAUGUGACUCAAGACAUAGGUGUGGAAAGCUGGUAUAUGGCUUUCGCUUUUCUCCUGUUUUUCCUCAUCUCUGUCAUCUACAGCGUUGUGGCUACCAUAGUUAAGACAAAGUGAUAAUGAUGACAAGACUCAUCUCAUUUUAUGAUCCAAAUGUGGACAUUGAGGUUUUUGGAUGACAUAGGGCAUGACUAGUUCUACAUUUCUUUUGUUUUAAAUUUCUUCUUCCUUUUCUUUCUUUCUGUUUUUACAAAACUGUCCUUUAUACCAUAUCCACUCCUUUUGAUGUUUAACUGCAUUUGCUAUGGAAUGUAUGUAAUGCAUAUAUGUAAAAGGAAAAAAGACUAUAGAAAAAUAAAUUAAUUAAAAAAAAAAGUUUCCCCCAAAAAAUGUCUAAUUCUGAAUUUGAGUCUUUCAAAAAAUUCAAAAAUAGUGAACAAACAUUCCAUGCUUGGACCUGUUAUCUCAUUUAAAAUAAUAAUAAUAAAGAUUUACAUAUAUG